AUGUCCUCCCCGCUCCACUGGACCCGCAUGGCCAAGGGCGAGGCGUUCCCGCCCACGGCCGUCAAGAUUAGCGGCGGCGGCGGGCGUGUCGGCAUCCCGCUCUAUGCUGUGCGGUACAGCAACAACGGGGUGUGGUACUUUGGCCGCGUCGCGCACAAGUCCGAGGCGGUCGUGACGAAUGGCGAGGAAACGAUCAUGGUCGGCAAGUUUGAGGUGCUGUGCGCCGCUGCGCCGGCGAAGAAGGCGCCGUACAAGUGGGUCAAGGUGUCUGCUGGGGACAUCAAGCCGGCCCGCGCAUGGUCGGCGACAGAGGACGGGGGGCUGCUGCUCGCGCGCACGGCCGCGCCGACGCCAAACACGCCGUUUGGCAAGCGACCAGGAUUCUGGCAACCCGGUGCCCCGCACGCCCACUUCCCGAGCCUUGCGCGCGAUGUCGACGCCCACGCCGCCGAGUUUGAGAUCCUCGUCCUCCGCCCUGCUGUUGACGGGGUUGUUGACGACGUGAAGUCGGCCGCGUCGGUGCCGCUUUCGCGCUGGGCGUCGAUCCGCCAGAGCUUUGUCUCGGCCGUUGGCAACUGA